AUGACAAACCUCUGGAAUCUCCCAUCUAGAUUCAGCGGUUCUCUGUCAGGUCUUGUUUACAUCUUCGCUCUUCCAUCGUUAGUUCAUCUUCUCAGCCAUCCGCAUCUUCGGACUGCUCUUAUCGCGUCGCUUUCAACGGCUGGUGGCCGAAAGUACUCCGAAACGAUGCAUCUCUCCACCACUGCUCUCACUUCUGUCGUCACGCUUCGUGAUCCCGGUCUCACUCCCAUCGCUGGCCUGCCUGCUGCGCUCUUUCACUCUACUUCUGCCACCUCUUCCAGCCGUGUCGCAUCUACCUCGACGCCGAUUUCUGGCACUAGGCCGGUCCUGAACAGAUGCAAUGCAAGCUAUGGCACUGUCUCUGAUUACGGCAGUCUUGGUCAGACCACUCGUUCCCCGUUGGAACCUACUACCUAUCAGGAUGGCAUCUCAGCUGCCUCACAUUCUUCACAGGCAGAUUGCACCAUUUCUCAAGCCCACUCCAUGUCAUCUUUGAAGGCUUGGACAGUACUGGUGGGGAAUCUACUCAUUGUGCUGUUCGGCUUAGUCAACUUUGUCAUCCAGUUCAUUCCAUUUGGUCACUAA